UGCUAAACUAAUGUUCGUCGUGUUUAUGGUUACAAAAUGGCGUUCGUUUGGAGGCUAAAGCAUCUUGUGCUGAAGUAGGAGUGCAGUUUGAACAAGAAGAUAUCUUUCACAAGUGACGUGACCGUGUGUUGCGGGAAAUGGAAGGUUACUCAAACAUUAGUGUUAAUCACGAAGACUUUGAUGAUUUAGACAUUGAAGGAAGAAUAACUUUGGAUGAAUGGAAUUGUGAAGAUAAAAGUCGCCAGACAAAGGAGGAAACUUCAAGCGAAUGUGAGGAGAAGCGUUUGCUGUCUGUCAAGGUGAAAUUGGAUGAAGGGGGCUUUGGUUAUGUGUUCUCUGUCAGAACAACAGAUCUUUCUGUUCGUUGGAGGUGUCACUUGUGCGAUGUUCUCAUUAUUGGGCAGAAACAUGUGGUCACGCACAUCCAAAGUAAAAAACAUCAGGUCAAGAUGGCACUUCCAUCACAUCCCACGUACAUGUUCACCAGGCUAGAGAGCAAGCCGUUAGUCGAGAUGCCGAAACUUGCACCAGGCGAACCGGUUCCACCGGGAUUUGAAGAUGUUGUGAAACGUGUAACACAGAUUCAAGCUACUUUGGACAACCAUAAAAGUUCACCACUCAUAGGGCUGGAAUAUCUCGUAGAAUUGGUACCUGACGAGAGGGGCAAGGAGCCUACGUACGUUUGCAUGUUAUGUGACAAGAAGGGAGACCCUCGUGUUGCGAUGGCGCAUAUCAAGAGUUACAACCAUCGCUCUAAAUAUAUUGGAAUUCACUUUCCAACAGCCAAUAAAGAAGUGUGCAAAGCAUUUCCAAGAUCUAAAGAAGGCAGAAGAGGAAUUGCAGAAAUUAUAACAAGAAUUUGCGGCAAAAUUGAGGAGAAGCACGGGCGUCUCCAGCCUCUGAUAGUUGAAAGGGAGACUUUUGAGGCUAAGAAGGACCAGAUCAUGAAACAGAUACAAGAUGAUCGCCAUUUCAAGGAAACGCCAGAUGAGACCUACAUUGAAAUGGUGGAUGUGAGUGUAUUAGAAACAUUGUCUGCGACUCCAAAUGCCACAGAUUUACCACUGAUGAUGAAGGAAGAAAAUGUUGCUCCAGAAUCAAAAAGCCAAUUUGUUAAAGGUAAAAUAUCUUGUGACCGAAGCAGACUGAGAAAUCGUGAUGCUGACGAUAAUGUAGCGGAAGAAAUUAAAUCUGAGAAGACUGAAAUUGAGGACAAAGAAUUCAAAGGGCCAUGUUGUAAGAAAUUGAAACAGCAGUCUGCUGAUUCAAGCAGAAAAUCUUUGUCAUCUGUAUCAAGUUUGUCAAGUUCAAGUUUGUCAAGGUCUCGCUCAAGGUCUCGUUCAAAAUCCAGAUCGAGAUCGAGAUCUAGAUCCUAUUCGAGGUCUCGCUAUGUUCGCCACGGUUGGAGGGAUGGAAGAUAUGGGAGGGGUCAUAGAUCUCACUCAAGAAGAUCUCGCUCUGGAUCUCGUGGCUGGCGACGUUCAAGAUCAAAAUCUCGUUCACGGAGAUCACGUUCCUUCAGUCCUUCUUCAAGAUAUGGAAGGAGAUUGUCCCCUGAUGGUAGUCCUGGGAGAGGUCGUUAUUACUAUCGCCAUUCACGCUCGCCAAAGUAUGGUCGUUCCCGUGACGGUCAAAGUGAUGAGAGAUAUGGCAGACAUCGAGACAGAUCUUCCAGAUUACACCCUCUUGAAUCUGAGAGAACAAAAUGGGUGAAAUUCCGUGUAGAUGUAGAUAAAAUGGAAUCUGAAUUGGUUAAGGAACUGAAGUUCCAUGAAAAGAAUCCAGAGAAGCAUCCUAUGUAUCCUGAGGAGUGGAAGAAGUUUUGGAAUCGAAGAUACAAGGAACUGCAAGCAGAUGGUAAAGAUCCCAGUAAGCAUGACUUUAAACCAGAAUGGAUUGAUUUUUGGAACAAAAGAAUAAAGGAGAUGUACGAAGAAGAAUUUAAGGCGAAGAAAGAGGAACUUAGGCUUAAGCUUGGUUUACCCAAGGAAGAGGAAAUACAGCCAUCACGGACGGUGCGAAAAAAGAGACCCGGGCAGGACGUGGACAUUAUAGUUCUUUCUCCUCCGCCUGGUAAUGAAGAUGAUGUUUUUAGGAAAGAUGUAACAGUGACUGACAUAAAGAACACAUGGAAAGCUUUGACUGGGGCUGAAAUAAAGGAUACGGCCAAACGUUCUCCAAGCCCAUGGGAGGAUGCAGAAAAUUCUUCAAGGUAUUCGAAAGGCUCGCCACCUAAUAAGAGGGUUCAAAGAGGAGGGCUAGUUUCUCGAGGAAGAGGCCGAGGUAGGAUAUAUGGGCGUAUCUUCUAUAAUUUAGACGAUCAGGAUGGGCCAGGAGUGGUAACAGUUCUGCGUCUGCUGACAGCAAUGGAAAGUCAGCUGGGUUCACUAGGACCACGUGUCAACUCAUUAUUAGCUACUGCUUUAUCUUUGGAGAAGGCUAGUCCUAACUCAUCCAGUGCCCUAUUGGCUGAUUCUGAAAACUUUGUUCUUUUAGAAACUGUGAAAGAAAAACUGAAAGGUCAACUUUUUGCAGGUAUUGUGGAGAGAAACAUGGUGAUGGCCACCAAGUCUUGCAUUCAGAAUUUAGCUGAGUUACUGGCUAGAGCAGAGGAUAGUAAUAGUAAUUCUAAAAUCACCCUGAAUUCUGCAGCGGCAGUGGCACCAAUCAGAGAGCCAUUGCCAUCAAUGGUGCCACCAAAACAAUCUCCCGCAGUAGCUCCUGUUACUGUUCCUGGUGUUGGUACCAUGGAUAAGGUUGCUAUAGCACAGCAGAUAGCUGCAGCUCUCGUGGCGCAGGGAAAGACGGACGUGACACAAGAAGAACUCGAACGACUCAUCAGCGCUGUUGUCGGAAUGGCCAAGGCUUCAACUGGCUCUGAACAUCCCGUGUCUACAGUUUCGUUUGUCUCUCACAUGAAGGUGCAGCAACAAGGCUCAGGUAGCCACGUCACAGCAAAUGCUUUUGUAGAGAACUCUGCUCUUCAGAAACUACUUUCAGUUGUCACUUCUGGCUCCGUUAGUUCUUCUGCCCCAGUAGGAGUGAAUAGUAGUGCCAGAUUAAAUGACCCAUCAGUUAACGCGCUUGAAAUGUUACAGUCGGCAUAUAAUGAACCUAAAAUAUCCCCACACGUUGAUGUAGCUCCUGCACAGUAUGUGAAUAGGUCGGAUAAUAUGGAAGGUUUGAGUGAACAAGAUUUGCGUACCCUUUUGCAGAACUUCAAGGAUCUGUCAUCAGAAGAGCAGCAAGGUCUCAUAACAUACCUAAAGGAAUUGGAAACAAAGGAUCCUGAAAGAGUUGAAAAGCUCAGGAAAUUUGUGAACCUUGACGGACCUGUCAUACAAAACUCGUGUCAGAAUAGUAAAAGCAGCUUUAAAGCCAGUGAAACACUUAACGUCAGACCUGAUGAGCAGUUAGGACGGCUGUCACCUUUCUCAUUGCGGAAAGGAGGAAUCAAUCCAUCUCAAGAACUAGGUACCUCAAAAAUUUAUGUUGAAGAUAGAAAGAAGUUGGACGAUUCUGACGAUGAUUAUAGUUUUGAAGACAUCUAUGCUGCGGCUUCCCAGAAUGUUAAAGAGAGAGAAAAAGCAGAGGAAGAGAAGAGAAGGCAGUUGUCUGACAGUGUUAAGAUGAAGGAAGAGAAAAAUUCUGUAGUAAAUAAGAAGAGUGACGAUCCAACUGUAAUACUGAAGGAAACAAAAGAAAUGAUUGCCAACUUGAUGGGCCAACUUCCAGCCAAGUUUAUUCAGAAACAGAAUACAUCUCCGGGCACAAGGAAAGACAGUCCUGCUGUGCUGGGGCCCCAUACACACGCGAUUGCAAAUAUGCAGGAAACAUUUCGUGAGCCAGUGAAGCCUGCUUUGCCUGAUUCAGAAGCAGGUCAUAAGAUUCAAGCUUUAGGAAGCGAAACAGCUAAAAUGACGAGACCAGUGCAAGCGGUGCCCACAUUGGAUUUUUCUCGGCGUGUGUAUCAGAAUUAUGGGAAAAGAGAUUCGUCGUACAGUAGCCAGUAUGGGGGGCAACAGGCUUAUCCAGCCAGCACACAAAAUUUUGCUGGAAAUACUAGUCAGUCAUUCCCAGGACAGCAGUCGGGCUAUUCCGACACCGGCUAUAGUCAGAACAGUGGGUAUUACGACAGCAGCGCGCAACAGCAGUACCCUCAGCAUGACUACAGCGCAGCGUACCCACAACAGGCGCCUAAUUCUGGUGGGUGGAACAGUUACCCAGACCAAUAUGGGCAGCAGUCAUAUCAGACACAACCCGUUUCGGCACCAUACAAUCAGUACCCCAGUCAGCCCCCAAGUUACUAUUAGCUGUCAGUUUUAUAUCGCUAUUUAUCCUGUAGGUUACAAGAGCAAGAUGUUGGCACAGCAGUGCUUUUGACUUUUCUGUGGUUUAACGUAAUUCCCACAAAUAUAUUUGUUUGGAAAUAAAUAUGUAUCAUUUCCUGAAUUUUUCUUCUUUCUUGUGUUUGCAAAGUUGAGCACUGAAUUUGAAAAUCAUCAUCAUGCAAAAAUGUAUUCUUGUCUCACUUGUUUAGGAAGACAAGUGACAUGUUUUAUAUUUAUAUAUAUAUGUAUUUAUAUAAAACAUGGCCUACAUAAACUGAUAACAUACAAUUUUUGUAUGUUUUUUUUUUCUCAUCACCUGUGUUAACAUUUAAGUAGUCGAAGGGGAACAUUGUUCCUAUUUAUAAUGUAUAUAAUUUUUUUUUGCAUCAGUCAACGUACGUUGAACUACGCGUGUUAAUAUUUAGUUCUUGUCAGACUUGAGGAUUUUGGUAUUAGAGGCUGGUGAGAUGGGCCAUUACUUGUGCAGGUAUUUCUUUUUAUCUUAAAGAAUUUGUCAUCGCUCGAUAUUACAGUGUUCUGUAGAAUUUGAGUAUAUUAUUGUAUUGAGUGUAGUAUUGAUACAGUAUGAAUAUAAACACUUGUCUUGUUUUUGUGGAAACCUGAAGAUGUGAUAAAAAUUUCGAGUUGUGGUAGUGUU